AUGAAGGCAAGGAAAACAACUGUGGAUACCAAAGAGAGUGUGCGAGGAGGCUGGGAAGUGGGGGAGGGUUACACGCAGCUGAUCAUGGGCCCCACAGGCAGCGGGAAGAGCACCUACUGUGCCACCAUGGUUCAGCACUGUGAAGCCCUCAAUCGGUCUGUCCAAGUCGUAAACCUAGAUCCAGCAGCAGAAUACUUCAACUACUUGGUAAUGGCUGACAUCUGGGAACUGAACAAGGUAGACGAUGUGAUGGAGGAUGAUUCUUUGCGGUUUGAUCCCAAUGGAGAGUUGGUAUUUUGCAUGGAGUGUUUUGCCAAUAAUUUUGACUGGCUAGAGAACUGUCUGGGUCACGAAGAGGAUGACUACAUCCUUUUCGACUGUCCAGGUCAGAUUGAGUUGUACACUCACCUUCCUGUGAUGAAACAGUUGGUCCAGCAGCUAGAACAGUGGGAGUUCCGAGUCUGUGGAGUGUUUCUUGUUGAUUCUCAGUUCAUGGUGGAGUCAUUCAAGUUCAUUUCUGGCAUCUUGGCAGCCCUGGGUGCCAUGAUCUCUCUAGAAAUUCCACAAGUUAACAUCAUGACAAAAAUGGAUCUGCUGAGUAAGAAAGCCAAAAAGGAAAUUGAGAAAUUUCUAGAUCCAGAUAUGUAUUCUUUGUUAGAAGAUUCUACAAGUGACUUAAGAAGCAAAAAAUUGAAAAAAUUGACUAAAGCUGUAUGUGGACUGAUUGAUGACUACAGCAUGGUUCGCUUCUUACCUUAUGAUCAGUCAGAUGAAGAAAGCAUGAACAUUAUGCUACAGCACAUCGAUUUCGCCAUUCAGUACGGAGAAGACUUGGAGUUCAAAGAACCAAAGGAACAUGAAGAGGAGUCUUCCUCUAUGUUUGAUGAAUAUUUUCAAGAACACCAGAAUGAAUGAAGAGUUUGCCAAAAACUAA